GUUGUAUAUAAAAAAUAUAAAUUUAGCAUAUUACUUUUUUGUUAUACAUCAGCCUCUUAUUAACAUAAUGUUAGGCAGUUGUGCUGCAUUAGUAGUUGUUAGUGUUAUUAGCUAUGGCACUCAUGGGUUUGAGACACCAAAGCAGAAUUUCACAAAUGUAGUAGAAAGUUUUGGGUAUCCCACGGAGGUGCACGAAGUUGAAACCGAAGAUGGAUAUCUUCUUAACGUCUUUAGAGUUCCUUAUGGACAGAAGAGUGAAGCAAAGCAACCAAAUGAGUAUCCCGUAAUUAUCAAUCAUGGUCUGAUGGGUUCAGCUGAAAAUUUCAUCAUAGGAGGACCGAAAAAGGCGUUACCGUACGUCUUAGCAGAUCACGGAUAUGAUGUAUGGUUAUGCAACGCUAGAGGCACUCAUCAUUCGAGGAAACACAGGACCUUAGAUCCAGAUAAAGAUAUGGCCAAGUUUUGGAGAUUUUCUUGGCACGAAAUAGGAGUUUACGAUUUACCAGCUGUUAUUGACUAUGUUCUAAACAUCACUCAAAAGUCUAAAGUUAACUUUAUAGGUCAUUCUCAAGGUACUACCACAUUCUUCGUUAUGGGAGCUGAGAGGCCCGAAUAUAACGAUAAAAUUGGCGUUAUGGUUGGGAUGGCUCCCUCGGCUUUUUUGGGGCACCUGAAAGAUCCAUCUAUAAGAUUUUUUGCUCCAAAUUAUCGAUAUUUACAAUCUCUAGCAGAAUCCUUGCAAGUCUAUGAGCUGAUACCAAAAUUUUUGCUUUCAAACGAAGCCUUGAGAUCAAUUAGCAAAAUUCUGUGUGAAGAAGAUGCUCCAACUAGAAAUAUUUGCUCUAACGUGUUGUUGGCAAUGGCAGGAUAUACUCCUGGACAAAUAGAUCCUGACACGAUAACUUUAAUAGUAAGCACCGGACCUGGAGGUGCUUCAGUUUACCAAGCCUUACACUAUGCUCAACUAGUAACCACAGGUCGAUUCAUAAAAUACGACUGGGGCUCGAAAGAAAAUCUUAAAAGAUACAACUCGACCAAACCCCCAGAGUACAAUUUUAACAAUAUAAAGAGCCCCGUCGCAUUGAUGUAUGGGGAAUCCGAUAUUGUUGUUACCAAAGAAGACGUCGAAAUUCUGGCAACUCAUUUACCAAAUUUGGUCGAUUUUUAUAAGGUGCCAUAUGAAAGUUGGUCCCACAUGGACUUUGUGUGGGCCAAAGACUUGGAUAAAUAUGUUAAUAAGAGGUUAUUAAGAAUACUAAAGAAAUUUAGAGAAUAAUUAGAUUUUAAUAAAAUAUAGCCAUAAAUAAAUUGUUAAAAUAUUAAUGUAAUAUAGCGUUCGUUAGGUGCGAAUUAAAACAAAUGAUUACGCAUGAAAAUA